AUGGCUGGCGUCAUUGAAGUUAUUGGUGUCGUCUCCGGCCUUCUCGGCAUUAUCCAGUUCGGCAUUGACAAUUUCGUCGAGGAGCCCGGUGAAGGAUCGACCUUCAAGAUCGCUGUUGGCCUUGAUGGCACUAACGGUCUCUCCGAAGCGGGAGGUAAUCUUCCUGAUGUCCGUGUCUGGAAUCAGAACGGAGAAUUCGUGGGGAUGGCAGCCGACUCAGGCGACGUGAACGACGGAAAUCUCGGCGAGGUUCACGUCAACCACGAGAACCAGGGCGUCUACACCCUCUUCUCGGCCAAUGACAAUGCCAUCUGCAUCGCCUGGGUCACCACCUCCUGGAGUGAGGACAGAGGCGGCAACCACUAUGCCGUCCAAGGAGACAUGGGCUACCACUGCGGCGCGAGCUGGUACUACAGCGGCAUGUACUACAACUCCAAUGAGGACCAGUGGAACAGGCCCCCGGAAGACCAGCCCAAGUGUUUCUGGAUCGACAAGAACGGCGACCAGCCGAGCACAGGAUUCCAGGUCCGCUGGCCCGCCUUCUCCACGAGCGAGGUCGACCCUAAUGCGCCUCCUGAGCAACGCGAUCCCAAGUCCAAGUGCGACAACGUCUCCUUUGGCGUGAGGAGUGAGGAAGACCCCAGCUACAUCAACUACUGGACGCGUAGGAAGAGACGCCACCUCACAGGCGCCCCUGGCCAAUUAAAGCGCCAACAUAGCCGUCGAAACGAGGCCAUGGAGUCGCAGCUCAUCGUCGGGGACGUUGACGGCCUCUCCGCCCGCUUUCUCUGCGAGUCUGCCACGUCGGUCGGGCCCGACCUUGCCAACACUAGCGAAGGGCUCUUUUGCGAUAUGGGCGAGAAGAAACUGUACGACUUGUGCAGCGAAAGUGUGCAGGCUGGCUGCUUCGACAUCGACUCCAAGACGCUCAGGCCCGCAUUCGACGGGACGAUUGCCGGCUUGGUGGCCAGCCGUGCAGUUAGCCGUGGUGAGAAGACAUACAAGACGACUCUUGACUGGCGCAAGAACCAGGAUACCGUUAUCUGA